GUGUUUUGUUAUAACAUAAAUUCAGUUAAGUAAUACACAGAUUUUAUAAAUAAACGAAGAAAACAAUGAACCGGCUUGUGAAAUUUGCACAUACAACUAUAAAUAUUUCCUAUAAUCACUGCAAUAAACAUAUUUUAAGUCAAGGUAUUAGGAAUUUUAGAACCCAAGGAAUAUCCAAGCCACUUCUUGAGUCUUUUCCUGUUAGGAAAACACCGGUAAGAAUAUGUCAUAACCAACAUGUUAAACCAAGUGAUAAAAUUGUCGGGAAAUGGUUGAUUGGCUGUGGCGGUAUGGUUUACUUAGCCGUAGUACUUGGAGGUGUUACAAGACUGACAGAAUCCGGUCUCUCCAUGGUGAGUUGGAAGUUGUUGGGUGAGAAAGUACCACGUACAGAGUUGGAUUGGAAAGAGGAAUUCGCCAAGUAUCAGGAAUAUCCAGAAUUUAAAAUGAAAAAUGCAAACAUGACAUUGGACGAAUUUAAGACCAUUUUCUGGAUGGAAUACAUACAUCGUAUGUGGGGACGUGCUAUAGGAGCAGUAUUUUUGUUGCCUGCUGCGUAUUUCUGGAAGAAGAACUAUUUUAAUAGUUCAACCAAAAAAUUUGUGUUAUUAAUGGGCACAUUAAUAGGAUGCCAGGGUUUGAUGGGCUGGUAUAUGGUCAAGUCGGGACUUGAAAAUAGAUUCGAGGAUGUUAACGAUGUGCCACGAGUGUCUCAACAUCGUUUGGCCAUGCAUUUGGGUGCUGCAUUUGUUCUUUAUACAUUGUUUUUAUCACAGGGCUUGAAACGACUCUUACCAGCCGAGUCAAUCACUUCGGUAACCAGCAAAGCAUUACGUUUCAAGAGACUAGCAUACGCUGCCAAAGGCCUUAUAUUUCUAACUGCUUUCUCGGGUGCAUUUGUAGCCGGUUUGGAUGCUGGUUUGGUGUACAACUCUUUUCCCAAAAUGGGAGACAAGUGGAUACCAGACGAUAUAUUAGCAUUUGAACCAGUGAAUAGAAAUAUAACUGAGAAUCCCACAACAGUACAAUUCAAUCAUCGUAUUUUGGGUAUUUCCACAGUGACAUUGGUAUCGGCCAUGUGGUUACUAUCAAAAACAACCAAACUUCCUCGACGAGCUUAUUGGGCCAUAAAUGCUGCAGCUUUAGUUGGCUGCCUGCAAGUUACUCUGGGCAUUACCACACUCCUUCAUCACGUUCCCGUUUCAUUGGCAGCUGCACAUCAAUCUGGAUCAUUGCUCUUGCUUUCAUUUGCAGUUUGGUUAAGCCAUGAGUUGAAAUAUUUGAAAUACAUACCAAAGUAAUAAAAACAAAAAGGUAACAGACAUGUAUUUAUUAAUUUAGUUUUGUGAUUUCACCAUUUCUUUAUUUAUUAAAACAAAUUAAAAUAUAAUCAGAUAAUAAAAAUUUAACAUUAACGGAAAAGUACUUGAAAUCCAACAAUAUGUGUAUAUAAAAACAAAUAAACGUAUGAAUGAAGAUUGUAUUUAUGUAUGUACAACUAAAAGUUCAUUUAUAUUCUAAUAAAUAUGUACAAAUAUGUAGGCGGCAAAGUAAAAUCGAUCAAAUUGCUUACUGGAAUUUGUACGACGUGAUCACGAUUGGUUUCCGUAGAUAAUUAUUACAUACGAGUACUAUUUUUUAUUUUU